AAGAAAAGCAUGAAGGACGAGCGCAGCAGCUGUCGCAAGGAGUGCGACCUCCUCGUGCAGAACAUUGCGCAGUCGCAUGCGCGCCUCGCGCCCGGCAUCCAAGCCGUGCUCGAGAAUCAAUGGGAGCUCACGUUUGCCGACUGCCUCCGCCGGUACGCGGCCGAGAAGGAGGAAGAGAUCCGCGACGUGUGCAGCUCGCACUACAUGGAGUUUGUCCAGUCGAUCGAAGAGAUUGUGCAGAUCAAGUGCGACGCCAACCAGCUCCAGGUGCACUUGGACCAGUACGCGCGGGACCUCGAGACCGCGACCGCGGAUGUUCUGCAGGGCCACGCGACGCUGCGCACAUGUCAUGACGUGCGCCAGCACAUUGACGUCUCGAUCGAGCGCCUCACACAGUGCCAGCGCAUCGUGCAAAUGGCCCGCAAAGUCGACGUCUACUUGGGCGAGGCCAAGUUCUACCAUGCGCUCAAGCUUCUUGAGUCGAUUCGCCGCGAUGUCAACAGCUUCCACGGGCGACUCUUUGCACGGCGUGUACACGAGUGGACGUCCGCAACGAUGCAGACGCUGCGCGACGAGACGACCAAGAAGACGUCGUCAUGGCUCGAAGAGAUCCGACAUGCAGCGAGUCCGCUCGGGACACAGGCCAUGCAGGCGUGCGAAGAGACCUUGCUCAUGGCGCCUUUAUCGACGAACGACAGCCUUCCGCUCCUCGACAACUUGGCCGACCAAGCCAAUAGCAUCCGCGCGCGCCAGGCCAUCUACAGCGACUACGUACAGAAGACGCUCGGGCUCCUCGCGCCCAUGUUGCGCAUCGUGCACGUGUACGACUGCCUCCACGAGACGCCGGUGCUCGCCGCGUUUUACCACACCAACCGCAUGCCGCAGCUGCAGUUUUCAGCGUUUCUGGCUGGUGAUAUUGGCGCGAUUUCGCCCGAGAAGUUUGCUACCCAGCACGACGACAUCUUCAAGCGGUUCGUCGGCACAUUUUGCCUCGAGAAGAUGCUCGCAACGUACUCGAACGAGACGCUCCUCACCAAAGCCGAGGUGCACGCGGCCUGCCUCUCGGUGCUGCAGAGCCUCUGCGGGCUGGUAAUGGCGCUCCUCAUCAAGCUGCCGUCGCCCAAGGUCGUGCUCGACAUCAAGCGCAAUGCAAUUUUAUGCGCCCGCGUGCUCGGCAACGACGUGCACCAGUUCAACACGUCGCUCAUCUUUGACGCCUUCCGCGGAACCGGCGACUUUUACCGUAAGAAAAUGGCCGCCGACAUGAAAACAAAACUACGGGACAUUCUCAAGCAAGACACGUUCCAACAAGUUAUGACGACGCGCAACCGUCUCGGUCAGGACCUCGCGCUCUGCGGCCUCGAAGGCCGGCGCGACGAGCUCCUCCAAACCGCCGAUGCCAAAGGCAACGUGCUCCUGCCGUUCACGUCGGUCGUGCACCGCGGCUGCCGCGAAGUCCACGAUAUGGUGACGACCAUGUUUGAAUUCGAGUGGCACUUGAACAUCCCCGAGUGGGGCUACUACGUCCGGGACGAGACGUGGGACGCUAUGAUUGAGCUCAGCGGCAUUCUCAACGAACACAUUGAGCGCAACGACGAGCUUCAAAUUUCCCAGGCGGUCAUUACGGGGGCAAAUGCCUCGUACCUCUCGAGCGCCUGCGACGUCCUCAGUGCCCUCGUGACCCAGCACAUUGACGCGUGGGAGCAGCGCACUCGGUUCCCACCCCACACGGCCAAGGUGCCACCAAAAGCAACCGCGGCGGUCGCCAAGAAAAAGUUUGAGAAUACAUCGACCAAAUCCCAAGACAUGGUGUGCGAGCUCAUGGUCAAGAAGAUCGACGAUCUCAUCGGCUCUUUCUACUUUGUCAACUGGACAGCCACGGACGUCAACGCGCAAGCCGACCCGAGCAUGUCGGACCUCAUUCACUACCUCCAGGCGUCGUUCUCGCAGCUGGCGACGCUGCCCGUGCCGAUUCGAGAGGCCGUGCAUUUUGCAUCUUGCAUCCACAUCAACAAGGCGCUCGAGCAGGUGCUUGUGGGGCCGACCAUCAAGCGCAUCACGAUGCCAGCGCUGCUCCAUUUCAAGCGGAGCUUGGACGCGCUCAUGCAAUUCGCCAACACGUGCAACGUCACGCAGCUGCGCGAGUGCUUCUUGCCGUUGACGCAGCUCGUCGACUUGAUCGUGUCGAACGACAUUGAGCGCGUCGACGCAAGCAUGUUCAAUCGCAGCGGUGGCAAGUACACACACGUGAUGCCCGACCAAGUGAUCGCGGUGCUUGAGAAGUACAAGGACAUGACGCCGGCGGCCAGCAAAUUCUUCAAGGCCAAGAAGGCACCGGCCGUCGACACUGGGCUCAAGAAGACGGUCAUUGACGCUGUCGUCAAGCAGCUUCGCACGAUGAGUCCGCACGCCAAAUGAGUCGUCUCUAUUCUUAUUGUCCUAUAUACUUGCAUUUGAGAAGCA